AUGACUCGACCACUGCCUUCUUUCCCCACCCCCAACCCAACAGGCGGGGCAGCCAUGACCAACUCCUCAUCGUCGCACUCACUGUCCCCCCUCGCGUCAGCCACGGACAUGCCGACCGUCCGUCUUCGAUCGAACUCGGUCACCACCGAGGCGACCAAGCAGUCGGCGGCGGCCGUUGCGGCCGAACGGAUACAUGGUGCACCGCAGCCCCAUCAGAAUGACCAAAGUCAAACAGUUUCAACUCCACCAGCGCCAAGACCACCGCGAAGCGUUUAUCGGUCACCGCCAGACAACAACUGGUCGCCGCCCUCGAACGGCAACGCACCGGAGCAGCAGUCGUCCGCCAAUGCCGUGAAGCGCCUGAUUCAUAUGGCUCUCGAGCACUCCAAGGACGAGGGAGAGACAUUGGACCUUAGUCGCCAGCGACUGGACAAGAUUACGGACGACGCCGUCGAGAUGUUUCACUCGAAAGUCGGCAAGGACAAGAAGGGUGUCUGGCGACUGGCGCUUUCGUACAAUCAGCUAAGAGACGGCACAAUCUCACCGCACUUCUCCUCACUCAACCGGUUAAGGUACCUGAACCUGAAGAGCAACCUUCUAACAUUUGUUCCUCCCUGUGUUAGUGUUCUUCUGGUGGCUUCGCUAACGUCGCAGAUCGCCGAGCUUCCAGCUCUCGAAAUCCUCGACCUCUCGAAGAACCAGCUGACCACACUCCCCGAGUCUCCUGGUCGACUAGCUGCGCUCAAGGUGCUCUCAUUAUCCGAUAAUCACAUCGUAACGCUCCCGACCUACCUCAUUGCCUUCGACAAGCUCAAGGUCUUCAAGGUUGAUCAGAACCCGAUCCAGUGGCCGCCGCGUGACGUUCUCGGCCCGCUCGCCGAGACCGACGCGAAGGGGCGACAUGACCCGAACAAUAAGGAUAAGCCGAAACGCGACGAGGAUCUGCGGCCGUGGAUCCAGAACAUGAAGCGAUGGCUCCAGGAGCAGGUUGGCGACACGACCCGAUUCUCGGAACGUGAGCGUGAACGCGCACGGGUCGAGGACGACACAUAUCUCGCAUCGGAAGAGGAACCGAAUGAAACAGCCGCCGAGCCGGAGCACAAUGAAUCGUUCGAAUCAACCACGUCGCAACCCGCGAACAGGAUGGACGAUGCGGAAACGCGCGAGCCGCGAGAGCGCGAGGCGUCACCAUUCUCUCCGGUCAAGCCGAUACCAUGGGGGCAGCGGGUCCGUGCCGCCACUGUGUCUGAGGACUCGCUUGUCAACACCACCAACGCGGCAACUGCAAACGCCUCCACUCUCUCACUACCAUCGCACGCUCUCGCCCACGACCGCUCCGUGUCGUCGUCCUCGACUCCACCUGUUUCGGCGUCCACCUCUUCUUCAUCGUCUGGGCUGCCCGUCGUCCCGAAACCGCAAAUUGUUCAGCCUUUGCCCAGUGGACACGCCCGAGGCGCCAGUUACACUGCAACGCAACGUAUGAGCGGAACACUGCAGGCGAAAAAGUCUCUCCCCGAUCUCCGGCAAAGUCACGCCAAAAUCAUCGAGGAGAGACGAGGCGAGGCGAAGGACGAGGUGCGACCACUUGGCAUGGGCAUCAACCGAAUAACAGCCCUAAAGGAUUCGCUGGCUCCUGAGCGGAGAGGACUGCAAAAGAUGAGCUCAAUCGAGGCUCUCCGACCGCGGCACGAAGCGCUCGUCAAGAUGGAUGUUCGUCGCGAGAGCCAGGACGGACCGACAAUCGACGAGUCGCGCAACUCAUACUUCCGGCGAGUCAGCAUGCUUCCUCCUUCGACCAUCUCCAAGGCCGUCUCGCCCUCUCUGCUCAUGUUCAUUGACGCUAUUCGUGGUCUGCUGUUCGCUCUGACGCAGCUCCACGGAGCAUUGCGGCAGUACCUGAACUUUGCGGUCAGCGACAGGGUUGCAGGUGUGUUCUCCCGUGUGCUCGAGCCGGCAGGGAUGUACCUAGCGACUCUGAUCAACGCUCUGGACCGCUUUGACUCGACGUCACGCCGUUCUGCGCCGUCUACUUCCGCAGUCCGUGGGGUCAUAGGCGCUGCCAAGGAGAGCGUCGCCGUGUUCGGCAAGAUCGUUGCCGUUGUGCGACUACAGACGCCCGCAUUCCGCGACGCCGAUGUGCGCUACACCCGCCAGCUGCUGCUCAGCAUUUACGGCGGCAUGGCUGAGGUCGCCAUGUCGUGGAAGAGCAUGGUACCCCUGUUGGCUGACGUGCGGACCCUGCUGCUGCCGGAAAGCUUGCGAGCACCGCCGAUGAGCAAAGCGUCAAGCAUGACUGGGCGAACGCCCGUUUCGCCCAUUCUGGAGCGGAGUGAGCCGAAGCCCCGUGAACAGGUACCGUUCCCGACGCACAUUCACUCCCAGUCGCAGUCGCAGACGCACUCACGCACGCCCUCGCUCGGACAGGGACAGUCACCCGAGCGGGUCGUGCGCCGGGAUCUCACGGCUUCCACUACGACGUCACCGCGAUCUCGCGGCAAUAGGCGGCACGCCGGCUCGUUCUCGACGCAGGACGUAGAGCGAGGCAUGAUGAUGGGCUCGCCGCUCGGCUUCACGCGAACAGAGUGGCCGGACCCGACGAUUCACGAAGACCUCGAGGGCGUGGACACUGGUCCGUCACCGCCACCAUUCCCCCUUGCGGCCCAGCCGGAGCAGCCGGCUGAGGGCACGCCGUCUUUCGCUGGGCGGCAGCACCUGCCCUUGCUCCCGAGCCAACCGCGCUCUCGCCACGGGCAGUCCAGUAGUGCCGGCUCUUCGUACCUGAGUGCGCCCGGUGGGCAGCGGAACCUGUCUGUCGACGUGCGACCACCGACGCCGGCGUCAGCGACGCUAUUCGACGACGAUCUGCUCGACGUGCUCGAGACUGCGACCGAGAUUGGGUUCAGUGUUUGGCUCCGAUUGGCGGAAGAGAUUGGCGCGUCGUCAUCAUAUGACUCUCAGCCGGGCCACAUGCGCGGCGACAGCGCGAGCAGCAGCAUUUCUGGUCGUCUUGGACUCAGUCUGUUGACGGACGAUCGGCGGCGGCCCCCCACAAUCCCGCCAAAGGAGUACGGUGACCUCGUGCACCUUCUCAGCGUCGCUGAGCAGGUGACGACGGCCCUUCGCGAGAGCUUGAUGGCGUUGCGCGCGAACCCCUUCGCGUAUGCGCACACGACGCUGCCGGACGAUGCGCAGGCGUUCAUCCGCAAUGUCGUCAAGGUCACCGGUCUCAUCAAGGCGCUCUCAGCACAGCACACCUUCAGCACAGGCAUGCGACAGGGUAUGCGCCGCCUCACGCAGGCGACACGCGAGUGCGCGAUCCUCAUCCAGGUCUCCUCUAUGCGGCCGACGCAGAGUACGCCAGCCCUCGUCCCCGCCCCCACCGGCACAACAACGUAUGCGGCGUCAAGUCACGGCGCCGGGUCUAGUUAUGGCGGUUUCGGCGCCAGCUACAGCGGACACGCGGGCCAUGCGUCCAGCUUCGGCGGGGCUUCCGUCGGUGGCGCCUCAGCUUACAGCGGCGGCACGUCAUACGGCACGUCGUUUGGCGCGUCGUCGUUCAGCACCCCUGGGCCGACGUACUACUCGACGAGCUACAACGACUACGCCAGCAGUAGUGAGGACCUGUCUGCGCCCGUUCCCCCGGCACAAGCACGGUCGGCCUCGCCCUCCGCCUCGGCGAGCACAACGAGCCUGCAUUCCGGCCUGAAAGGCUUACAGCUUCCCGCGAAGCAGGCGCUGAAGCGCCAAGAGAGGUUCAAUAGCCCCUCGCCGUCGCCGCCGACGGAACGGAGAGGCGUCGCGAACGCCCUCGUUUCACAUUAG